GCUUCAACUUUGGGUACACUUGGCAGUACUACAGGUUUCGGAGCAGCAAAACCAGGCGGCUUAUUCGGUUCAGCGAGCACCGCGACUGCAAGUGCCACACAACCACAAACCACCACUUUACCCACUCUUCAGGAAGUCAUACAGAAUUCCGACAAUUUGGUGCGUUCAUUGACUGCACCAGAUUUAUAUGGUGAUGGUAGAGAUGCGUUGGUGGCUAAGUUAAAUCAGCUGCUAGCCGCCUGUGGGGUUGGUAAUGGUUUCUUUAAAAAUGAUCAGCAACCAGUUACUUAUAAUAUCGACGGUCCAUUCCAUCGAUUCAAAGCUGUUGGAUAUAAUAGGAGAAGUGAAUAUGAAGAUAGUGACGGUAUUGUAUCAAUAAUGAUGUGUGUUCCAUUCGAUCAGCUUUCAUCAUCCACUCAACGUCAGAAAUUAAUCGAUGCGUUAAACGUAAUCCUUGGUAAUAACACUAAUGUUCGUGCUCGAUUAGAGGCUAUCAGACCGAUGCCCGACAACACAACGACUGAAGUAUUGAUAUAUGUGAAUGAAAAAGGUAAGGGUCGUGUUUCGAGUAAACAGUUAAGCGCUUAUUUCAAACAACCAGCGCAAGCAGCUCAGUUGAAAAGUCAACUCUGUGUUAGUGAUGUGGUACCGCGAUAUUCAAUGGAUGCAGCUAGACUGAAAAUCUUCUUAGAAACACCGCCUACAGGAUUUGAUGCAGAGUUGUGGAAGCAAGCUGUAAAAGAUAAUCCGGACCCGGAACGACUCGUGCCGUAUCCAAUCAGAGGAUUCGAACAACUUCGUAAACGUCAAGACUUGCAAAAUGCUGAAGGGAAACUGGCCGAACGUGCCAUAGAGGAAUUACGAAGAAGGGUGGUUGAGGUGCGGAACGAUAUCACUAAAUACUCCACGCAAAAUUCAAUUCACAGCAUCGCUGUUGAUAGUGGCGAAGAGCAAUUAGAAAGUCGCUUGGAAGCGUUAGACGCCGCAUUGGAUGCACCGAAUCAAAUUAAGAGUCGAGUGAGCAAUCUUAUGGCGAUAUUGCGUGAUAAAUCCGAUGCGUUGAAGACAGCAUCGGAUGGUGAAGCGAUCGUCUUGAAAGAUGAAGAAGUGACUCAGAUUCGAAAAUAUCUGUCGCGAUGUCAACAGGCGCUUGAGUCGAUUGUUUCUGUGGUUCGAUCAAACAAAAGUGAUGUGUCCGUUAUAGUAUCAAGUAUCGAAUAA